AUGAGCUGCUGGCAUCUGGUGGCUAUCUUGGGCUCAAAGGAAGGACACCCUCUGCUUUGGAGUAAAGUUGUUGUUUGGUGCGGCGCCUUUUGGCCACCGAGCAACCUCGCCGGCGGUGCACAGGACAUCGAGGCGGGAGAAAAGAUGAUCCGAACGGGGUGGUCACGGCUUACAACCGGAUGGGGCACAACCACUUCUGCAGAGAGCGCAGCCAUAGAACAGCUCAUCAGUACCCAUCGGGCGCUUCUCCUAGACGGAGGACGUGCCGAGGUGGGUAGCGAAGCUGGCUACAGUGCCUGCGCCAUCUUUCUAAGUGCGGUAGAGACUACGGCCAAGACGUUUGGACUUGAGGCUGCUCCGCGUGCCUACCGCAAAAGGUUCUCGGCGAACUACCGUGCACUCUUCCCAGACGACGCACGGCAUUACCGAGUGGACGUACUUGAGGCUAGUGCAGACCAGCAUUCUGCCAUUUGGGUCAACGGGGACAAGUUCGAACUGAGCCCAGAGGCGAUUUGCCACGCCGAAGCUUUGCAAAAGGCUUGGGCAGAGUUGUCCCAACUCGUCGAGUCCUGCGCCGGUCCCGACGGAAACACUGCCAGACAUCCGGCGCGAUCCGAUCUUUGUACAGUCCUGGAUGCUCUGGAUGCGGCCUGGGCAGGCUUCGAACACAAGUAUAUUGCUGAGUUGAUUGACAUCGAAGAGCAGGCUCGAAGGCUCAUCAUCAAGGCUGUGGAUCUGGAGGCCCGCCUAUCCAUGCUGGAGGAAAACGCGGGCAAAGGCAAAGAAAGUCAGGAUGUGCAGAGAGCGCUAGUGCAAGGGAUUGCGCAUCUCAACUCCGUUGCCAAUUUCCGGCGCAAGGGUCGUGAUGACUUGGGCUAUGACAUUUUGGAGUCUGCAGCCGCAGUCCUCAGCAGAUUCAGUCUCACCAGUAAAGAUAUCGUGGCAGCUGGCGAGGGCAAGGGCUUCGCAGCAGCUGCCAUCCAAGAUGCAGUGUCAAGAAGUGCCGGCGUGUCCAUGGCAGUGGAUGUGGUUGGCUCCUUUGAAGCGAUGCGCCGGUAUCUGCGAGAGGUGAAGAAGUGCCUCGAGCGAGUCGACCCGCAUCUUUGCAACAAUGUGGGGCUCGUCGCAAGGCUCGUGGACUGGGAGGAGAGCUGGGAGAUCGGUUCUCGGUACGUCCGGCAAACGGUGCUGUUUGACGCGAACAACGACGUC